ACUGAACCCGGAACCAUGUGGUUGCGUUCAGUUCAGUUGGAUAUUAAGAACAAAAAGAAAAUGACACCAUUCCUUGAAGCCGUUUCCCUGGGUUACCUCGGAAUGACACACAAGCUAAUAGCCCUGGGUGCAAGCAUAAAUGCUGUUGAUGGUGAAGGUAACAGCUGUUUGCACAUUACCGUUAGAACAGAAGUGUUUAAUUCCGAGGAUGCACCCUUGGAUUUACUAAACGAAUGCUGCACCGCCCUUAAUCUGAAAAUGGAGAAAAGGCUCUCUGGCAUGGUGGUAGCUAGAUAUCUCGCCAGCCAGGGAGCUGACUUUCACCAUAAAAACAACAACAAUAACACACCAUUGGACCUCAUUAAGGACCCAAAUUUGAGAAAAAAAUUAGAAACAUUUUCACCACCACAAUGUGUGUUUUGUGAAGACGUAGUGGCCACAGAGACGUUCUUUCCAUGUAAACAUCUUUCGCUGUGUAAGAAAUGCUGUCUCCCAAAGAUACCUAAACAAUGCCUCAAGUGUGGACGGAAUAUAACGAGCAAAAAUAGUUUGGUUGGUCCAAAUUCGUCAAAGAUGGAAGUCCAGAUGGUGGCAGGACCAGUUGGGAGUCCAGAGCUGAAGGAGAAGGAUCUUCUGAGAGUGGCUAAGACGUUAGGAAGAGAUUGGUGGCAAGUAGCUAUGUUUUUAGAAGUUAAUACAACUGAACUGAAAAUUGAUGAUGAAUCUAUUGACGCUGUAAAACAAGGCUACCUGAUGCUUUACGAAUGCUUCAAAAAUUGCGACCCAGAAACACGGACACACGCAACAUUAAGUGCAGCUCUUGAAGAAGCUGAAUGUUUCGCUGCGAUGGAAUGUCUGUCAUUAGACGCAAAGUGAAUUUCUGUGUAACUGUUGUUGUUUAGCCUCAGAUUAACCUUGACCAAACAGAGAUUUAUGAUCAAACGCAUUCCAGCCAGGACCAUCAUGCCUAUUUCCAAAGAGAACACACAACCACAUUGUCCAAUAUGGCCUUCUGUAUAGUGGUAUCGUGUGAAUUUAGCUACUAAUUCUAGCAGGUAUAUCAACCACAUAGUGAUCCCUUCACUGGUUUGGCUCCUUUGUUAAAAAUUCACAUUUAAAAUAAAGACAAACUUUGAAAUGUUCA